AUGGAUGUCACAGACACUGGCUCCGAGACUGGCCGGGCUUCGGUUCGCCCGGCUGCCGCGGCUGCCUGUGAAGCAUGCCGGAAGAUGAAGAUGAGAUGCAUUCGACCAGACACAAACGAGUCGAAAGGUCGAAUAAUAAGCCCUUGUGAACGAUGUAUGCGCACGAACCGGACCUGCAGGAUCCCAGAGCCGCGUCCACUGGGGCGAAAACGGGGCGCGCGUGGUCGGUAUUCAGGCUUCGAGAAGGCAGUACGCAAACUGCGAUCGGAGAUGAGGAAGGAAAAAAUGGAACCUGAAGCAGAAAAGUUGCAGGAUAUUGUUCAUCUUCCAUCCAGCGGGCAAGCAACACCAAAUCCGUAUCUCCCCAGCGAACCAAUAUAUCGCACGUCCUCUCCAACUACGAAUAACAUACCGGGGCUAGAAUUCCACCAAGGUCAAGAAAGCAUAUCGCGACAAGGUGGCGGAUUGCCCAUAGGUUAUUCGUUGCCUCAUCAUACCCAAGAACCAAUCAGCAAUCCUCUUGCGCUGCUGGCAGACGCAUCAGAUGCUGCUCGUGCACUUGAACACCAUUCGAUACCGGCUGACCACACACCACAUUCUAUGGAUGAAUCAUCAGCCCAGGGGGAUAAUCUCGCAAGUGGAAGUCUUGGUCGUUUACUUCGUCGACCUGGCUACGUUUCACUUGGGCUACAACUGAGCAGAGAAAGCAUGGAGCAUGCAUUAGAUGCUUUGCUCACACCGUCACCAAACGUGGACAGAUAUUCAAAUUAUUUUAAAAAACCUGUUCAGAACUCACUUCGAGAUGUCGGACCUGAUGUUGACCCCGUCGACCUGGGAUUGAUCACUAUGGAGGAGGCAUAUUACCUAUUCCCAAUAUAUUUUACCCGCCUACAUCCAAUAAAUGGAAUACUUGACCCUGUCCUUCAUACCCCAGAAUUUGUGCGCUCCCGAUCUGCAUUGCUUUUCACGUGGGUCCUUGCCCUGACAGCACAAUUUGACCAUGCGUCUGCUUCAAUCGCCAAAAGACUCCGUUUACACGGGGAGAAGCUAUCGAAGCAUGUCCAUACCCGCGGUUUCAAGUCUGUGGAGAUCGUCCAAGGCUACUAUAUCUCACUACUUUCCGCCACUCCCGCCGAGACAUUGGCUAAGGAACGUUCGUGGCUGUAUACAAUGCAUGCCUUUGGUGUAGCUGCAGAACUUGGGUUGGACCAAUACUCUGAUACUGAGGAAUCUCGCAAUAGCCUGGGUCUAUCUGUAUAUCACCAGGAUCGGGGGAUAUCAGCAAUCUCACGGAGCUCAGAGGCGAUGACUAACCAGAUCUCUCCUCAAUACGAAGGAAAAGAUACCUCAUAUGGCCAGCGGUUGAUCCGCAAUAGAGAAAGAACGUGGUUCAGAAUUCUUCUAUGGGAAAGAGCCAAUAGCGCCGCAUAUGGUCGGAUUCAUAGCUUCCCUGAAACAGCACUGACCAAAGGAAUUGAGCGAUGGUGGAUGCAUCCACUAGCAGAUCCUACUGAUAGGCAUACGAGCGCAUUCAUCGCCCUACGACGGAUCCUAGCGUCUCUUAACAGUGACCUCCGAGAUAAACAGGAAGCACACCACGCCGAUCCACACUGGGUCCGCGAUCUAGUCGACAAUAAACUUCAGCCUUGGUGCAAUACGUGGCUAGGAACAGUGGCUACCAGUGCGUCCUGCUCGACCGAGCAACUUUCAAAUACCUUCCUUCGAUAUGUUUACCUGCAUGGAAGGCUUUGGACCCUUUCGAUUGCACUUCAUAACUCGAAAGACCAGAGCGGCAACCAGGCUGGCAUUCGUAACGAUUGUUUUGAAGCUGCCAUAAAUGCGUGCGAAGUGGCCGUAAAUGAUCUUGAAGUGAUAGGAGAGCCAUUAUAUGCCAUGCUAGCACCGACUUGGGCGAUGAUUUCUUACGCUGCAGUUCUAGCUCUAAAACUGUUCCCUGCGAUAUAUGGAUCUCGUGUUGGAAGCCAGCUUGAGCUCCUUGCACUACUGAGUCAGGUUGCUCUACAACUCGAACGCGCUGGGCAGACGCCUUCUCAUCGCUUCGGGAUUGCGGCCUUGUUGGGCCAGCAUAUUAUGAGAAUACUCCGAGCUAAAUCUGUGGCCUUAAGGGAAGAGCUAGAUAUUGAGUUGUCUUAUCCUCAAGGCUCUGGCAACAACCAGCAAAUGCCUCAGGAUGGCGAAGAGGGGCAUCCGAGUGGUCCAUUUGUCUCUGACUAUGAUCCUUUUCUCACAAACGCUACCCUGCUUGGUGAUGUUACCGAGGAGGGAUUUGCAGAUUUAUUCCGAGAGAUUUUCGGACCAGGCUUCGGAGGCGUGUUUUGA